AUGGACCCUCCCGGCCUUGCUGACUUGGCCAGCCCCUGGCUCCCGGCCUUUAACUUCCAGGAGCCUCGGGUGCUGGCGCCGAGCAGCAAGGUCGUCGGCGCCUUUGAAUGCGCAGGCGGAGCGGAGCGAGCGGAGCACGCUGAGCCAGGCGAGCUUUGGCCGGGACGGUUUUAUGCUUCCCUCGCCCACGAGCUCGAUGCAGGCGCAUCCUCAGAGAGCACGGCGCUGUGCUCGCAGGGCCCGCAGGAUGAGCUCGAGAUGGAGCGAGAUGAACCGCGCCCAACGACAGUCAUGAUGCGCAAUAUUCCCAGUGAGUUUACUGGGCGGAUGCUGCUGACACUUCUCAACAUCAAGGGCUUCAAGGGCCUCUACGACUUGGUCUACCUUCCGAUGGAUUACCACAACAAGGUGGGCUUUGGCUACGCCUUCAUCAACUUUGUGGAGGCGGAUCAGGCGCAGCACUUCCGGGCUGCCUUCGAGGGUUUUAGAGAUUGGCAGGUGGAGAGUGACAAGGUCUGCGAAGUAUGCUGGAGUAACGUGCUGCAGGGCGUGGCAGCGCAUGUGGAGCGCUACCGCAACAGCCCCGUGAUGCACCCCUCCGUGCCCGCCACCUUCAAGCCGAUGCUCUUCAAAAACGGCGAGCAGAUCGCCUUUCCAGCGCCCACGAAGACGGUGCGCCCCCCGCGGCUGCGGAAGAAGGCGCUCUGA